GGUGAGUGCGCCGGGCCUUGGCUCCGCAGGCGCCCGGGACGCGCAGUCCAGUGCGGAGGGCGGCGGCGGGCUCCUGGUGGGCACCGCCGUGGGGCGCACCGGGGUGGGUACCGCUUUGGGUCUGGGCGCGCGGUGGGGCGGGCGCAGCGCAGCGCGGCGCGGCCUGGCUCGGUGGGGCGGUCCUGCCCGAGUCCGAGCGGUGAGGUCGGCCAGGGGGCCUGCGGAGGCCGAGCCUGGCGGGAGGCACCGGCUCAGGUGCGAGCACCUCCGCGGCGCUCCCUCUGCUGCCGGCGGGGAAGCCGGGCCAGAUGCUGCCAGAGAUUGUUGGAGCGGAAUUACUGAACAAAAGCAGGCAUUGCAUCUUCAGUUGUCACCAAGUUUGCCAUCAGAUUACAAGAGUUGAACUCGAAGCUUCCCCUGCAGUGAAGUGGAGAGAGACAUAAUCCUCACGUAAUAACAGACAUGGGCUUCUUCAUGACUUUCCACCUUUCCUACAAGUUCCGGUUACUGUUGCUUUUUCUCUUAUGCCUGACAGUGCUUGGGUGGGCCACCAGUAACUACUUUGUGGGUGCUAUUCAAGAGAUUCCUAAAGCAAAGGAUUUCAUGGCCAAUUUCAACAAGGUCCUAGUCUGGGGGAAGGGAAAAACUCUGACUCAGGAAGCAUCCAUGAAAGAAGCAGACCUCAACAACUGCCCUUCUGUGUCUCCAUACCUCAGGGGCCAAAACAAGCUCUUUUUCAAACCAGAUCUCACUCUGGAAGAAGUGGAGGCAAAAAAUCCCAAAGUGCACAGAGGCCGAUAUCACCCCGAGGAAUGUAAGGCUUCCCAGCGGGUCGCCAUCCUCAUUCCACACCGGAACCGAGAGAAACACCUGCUGUACCUGCUCGAACACCUCCAUCCCUUCUUGCAGAGGCAGCAGCUGGACUAUGGCAUCUACGUCAUCCACCAGGCUGGAAGUAAAAAGUUUAAUCGAGCCAAACUCUUGAAUGUGGGCUAUCUAGAAGCUCUCAAGGAUGAAAACUGGGACUGCUUUAUUUUCCACGAUGUGGACCUGGUCCCCGAGAACGACUUGAACAUUUAUAAGUGUGAGGAGCAGCCCAAGCAUCUGGUGGUUGGCCGGAACAGCACUGGGUACAGGUUACGUUACAACGGAUAUUUUGGGGGUGUUACUGCCCUAAGCAGAGAGCAAUUUUUCAAGGUGAAUGGAUUCUCUAACAACUACUGGGGAUGGGGAGGCGAAGACGAUGACCUCAGACUCAGGGUUGAGCUUCAUAGAAUGAAAAUAAUCCGGCCAAUGCCUAAUGUGGGUAAAUAUACAAUGAUCUUCCACACUAGAGACAGAGGCAAUGAGGUGAAUAUAGAACGGAUGAAGCUCUUACAUCAGGUGUCACAAGUCUGGAGAACAGAUGGGUUGACUAGUUGUAUUUAUAAAUUACUCUCUGUGGAUUAUAAUCCUUUAUAUACCAACAUCACAGUGGAUUUCUGGUCUGGUGCAUAACGUGACCUUGGAUCUUCUGGUGACAUUCGGAAGAACUGAAUUUUUUAUUGCAGUAAUUUUGGACUAGACACAUUCGGAAGAACUGAAUAUUUUAUUGCAAUAAUUUUGGGCUAGAGACCAAUAAUUUUUGGACUAGUAGCACACAUUAAGAACUUGUUGCAGCUAAUUAUUGAGCUGAACUUUCUCUUUUUGUAUUUUCUUAGCAGAGCUCCAAGUAAUAUGGGAUGUAAAACAAUUGGAAGAAGGCAGCUUUCUUGGUUGUUUUCCCCCUGAGGGUUAAAUCUUGUAAUACAGAUACUUGAAGGACUGAGUAUAAAAGGACUAUUCAAAAAAUACCAUGAAGCCUAGCUACUUGAGAACUUGGAUUGAAGGAUAUUUAAGUUUGGGCUAAGAAAGCCCAUGGGAAAUAGGAUUGCUGAAUGUCUCAGAGAACCAGAAUUGUUCUCGUCUGUGGUAGAAAGGUACGAAGAAGUCUACCUGUUAUUCAUUUAUCCUGCACGCUCCUCUGAAGAGCUGGGCCCCAGGUGGGAAGAAGGCCGCAGAAGAGAGGAGAGAGGUGAAGAAUCAAGAUGCGGUGAACUUGAGGAUGAAUGGCUGGGAGGAGGACAGUGAUGGAGAAGCAGCCACAGUUGUGCUGGUCACUGCUGCUGCUCCCUGUCCUGGGGGUCACCUGCCCAGACAUGUCUUCCCAGGAAUAGCCCAGCAGGGAACACAUUAUCUACUAGUUUUUAAAGUAUUUUUGUAAAAAUGAUUUUGUACGUGUAGGAUAUGAAUUAGCUGUUUACAAAUUACAUAUUAACUCAUAAUAGAUCGAAAGUACCUCUGUAGUAAAAUAUGGAAAAGCU